UGAGAUGAUAUUUUAGAUAUGACCUUUAAAAAUACUGAAGGUAAAGAAACUAUGAAAUUCGCAGCUAGUGAAGAAUUAAAAUUAAAAAAAAUCAAUAUUCCGAAGACUUUAAUGCAGUACGCGAUGAAUUUAAAAUACAAUACUUAAUCAAUGAUUUCGUCACUUAAAGUAUAGUAAUAGAUUAGUAUUGUUUCAUUUACUAAUCUGUCAUAGAACCGAUAGGAUUAAAAUAACAUUAUUAUGGUUUUAUUAUAGUUUAGUAUAAUACUGUAAAGGAAUGAUUUUUAUUAUUUUACAAUUUUUGGUUAUAAUAUCAAAAAUAAAUAAUGUAUUAUUAGCAACAAAUAGUCUAUGUUCUUUUUUUUCUACUGGUACAAGUGAAGUUUUUUAUACGCUGUAUACGAAAAAUACAAAUAGAAAGAUUUCUAUUGAUGAUAAUUCAUUAGAUAAUGCAAAUUUUGCCAAAAGUGAUUAUGUCAUAAUUUACAUUCACGGCUUUGGUGGAUCUUAUGACGAUAUCGGAAGUUUGGCAAUUCGUAAUGGUUAUAUAAAUGGAACAGAUGAUCAUAACCUUAUUUUAGUCGAUUACUCAGAGGUUACUGGUAAAAUUGCUAAACUUAAUGUUAUCUCACUCGCUAUACGUUACGCAAAAUCUGUGUACUGUGACCUCCCAAAGGUCUCAAAGAAAAUAGUUGAUUUUAUUGUAAAAUUCUUGUACAAUCAUUUAAAUAUUAAGCACGUCCAUGUUAUAGGUGUUAGCUUAGGAGCUCAUAUAGCUGGAAAGAUCGGUUCGUUGUAUAAAAAAACUACAGGAAAUUAUUUAGACAGAGUGACUGCUUUAGACCCAGCAGGCCCAUGGUUUAAAAAUGGACCACAAAUAAAUCCAGAGUGCGCAAAAGUGGUAGAUGUGAUUCACAGUAAUAUCGGAUACUACGGGUAUUCAAAACCGAUUGGGACCGUCGACAUUUAUAUGAACAAUGGCGUCACACAACCUAGUUGCAUUUCGAAUUUAACAGAGGUCAAACGUUUUACUGAACAAUCGAAAAUUAAUGUAAAGUUUUGUUCUCAUGGAUCGUCUGUUUUAUACUAUGUAGCGUCAAUAGACAAUAAGUUGACGGCUAAACCUUGUGAUGAAAUUGGGAAACUUGUAUCGAAUGAUAAAAAUAUAUUUGAAAUGGACGAUGAUAAUAACAACGCUAUAAGUAAAACCUGUAGUUCUUUAAAAUAUUCAAACGAAAGAGAAAUUGUCAUUGGCAAGCACAUGUCUCCUAGUUAAUAUUAAAUUGUGGAUUGCUUUAGUACUGUUGGAGUGUACUAUGCUGAAGUACCAGAUUUACAUCGUUACGUUGGAAAAUUAUUUAAUGAACUUACAUUUGCGAGACGAAAUAAAUAUUAAAGGAAAAUGAAUAAAUUUACAAUAUUUAAAAAUACUUCUUGAUCGAUUAAAAAAUGUACUUACAAUUUCGUAAAAUUUUGUGAAAGGUAUAACUUACUAUACUUCAGUUAAAGUUAUUAGUGGUUGGGUUCUUUAGCAUGCGCUUGAGAUAAUCAGUAAAUGUAUAGGAUUACCUGUCUAAGAACAAUGUUAUUCUGAUGACGAUUUUUUUUCAUCACAAAUAAAAGGUUUUCUAAUUGGUAAAUUUAUCGCUAACAUUUAAUAACGUUCAUUCCGUACCCUUUUUAAUCUUUUUCAUUAAAAUCCAUUUCUAUACAGUUUUUAAAAUUUAUUUUUAAUUCUAUUUUUAACUUACCUUAGUGACGUUUUGAAUUUUAUCAACUAGUAGUUGAGUGAGUUGUAAUUAGUUUAUAUUUAUCAUAUAAAUUAAUAAAUAAAUUGUUGUAUUUUUACUUACUAACCUUAAGUUUUAAUAUAAUAUUAAGUAUUAUCAAAUAUUUUAUUUGUGAGUUUUUAAUUAUC